GCACUUGCACUUCCUAUCUUCUCGUUCACAAACACAUGCAGCUCACUCCACACAGUCUGCAUUUGUUUAUAUUUUAUUUUAAUUAAUUGUUAGUAAAGCAUUUGAAAAUAUAGUUGUGAGUCAGAUUCCUUCGUGUUCGUGAUAUCGGCCGCCUACAGUGUGCAAGACCCACAGUGUGGAUUCCGAACUGCUAGCAGAAUAUUUUGGCUCUAAAAUAAUAACUUUAAUAAUAACUUCUUGUAUCGUAUAUAUAACGAGCCUUUUGAUUGUACUAAGAUGGAGAUUGGGGAUAAGAAGAUAGGAAAUGUUGGCAUUGCUGACACGGCUGCGAGUGAGGUUCUUGGAGGCGAUAAGAAGGAAUCCCAAUUUGCCACACUAACUACGGAUCCGUCGACGACUGUCCCAAAUGAAAUUUGGGUGAAGAUAUUUUCACAUGUAACACAAAAGGAGUUAGUACGGCAUCGUCUCGUCUGCUCUUCUUGGCGUAACGUAGUGGACGAACAUUUUAAUUUCUCUGUAAUUGUUCACGACGAUACAACGGAUUUGAAGCGGCUAGGAGAACUCAAGAUCAAGGAUUGCUUGAUAACAAAGUUAAACGCAGACGUGGAUAUCCUCCGAUAUCCUGAAAUAGUUAAGCGUGUCCGUUUUUGGGGGUCAAUUCAUCCUAAAUCAAUGCACCGCAUUUUGCAAAAUGCAAUAAAUUUAGAAGAAUUGUCCAUGACAAGAUAUCCACUGACUCAGAAGAACAUAUUGCCACAAAAUCAUGUACUCGACUUGAAGAAACUUAUAAAAUUAGAAGUUCUUGGAUAUUGUUGCAAGGAUGCAAGUGAAGAAGUGAGUACGAAUGUGAUCCGUUUGAUAUCACAAAUUAUGCCAUCUCUAUCAAGGAUAUUCCUCAAUGUGACGUGCUACUGGAAACAUAUGGAUUCAAUUAUCACAACUUUUUUCGAAUUCCUCGCGAAACAUAGAAAACAAAUCUCGCAUAUAAAUGUAACCCUUGUACCUGCAGCAAAUGGACACGAACUGAUCUCUCUCCUCCCCACAAACAUUCCACAAGGGACGAAAGAUUCCCUUCACGAUGAACAACUGCAACUUGAAUCAUUAAGAUUGAACCUUGCCACCAAAUACAUUUCCUGCUGGACAACCAUUAUUCAAAACCAAACCAAACUGAUGGAUUUUAGAAUAAAUUGGAUUUCUUCAUAUGAACAACCACCGUCUCACAUCACUGGAAUCUCUAGCACAAUCUUGUUGCCAGCAAUUAUUCAGAGUGCGUCGACACUGGUUUAUGUGGAGCUAAGGGAACUGAAUUUGUCGAUGGAUGAUACUCGAAAUGCCAUCCCAUUUGAUGCGAGUGUUUUCAAAUGUGCUCAUAAUUUACGUCGACUUAUCCUGAUGCGAAACAAAGAAGACUGCCAAAGAAAUUUGGAACUCUAUGGAUCUCCCACUAUUGUCAACAUUGAUAAUAUUCUUCCGGCACUCACUGAUUUAGAAAUAAUUCGUUUUAAAUGUUUAACUAAUGAGUUACAAACAUUGGUGGAAAGUUCACAAAAUCUCAAGUCUGUUAAACUUCAGUACAAUGGAUCUGCUAUUGGACAAGAAAUCCUCCAAGGAAACAGUCAAAGGACCCUGGUACAUAUCUUAGGAGUUCCUGGCGGUUUAAUUGAAUUGUUAACGAUUAAACCAAUUAUCAAAGUAAUCAACAUUUUCCCAUUGAAUUAUCAUGAUGCGGAACAAAAUGCAAAGUUGGACAUGCUGAAAUCUCGCUAUCCUGGGAUCUGUCAAGGUGGGGAUCAUGUUUACUUUGAUUUUGAUCGCUAUCGACAAGGGAUCGCUCAACCUCAAUCGCGAUAUCAUCAGUCAACUACAAGUGUCACCAGCCAUGAAUUUUCUUUGGAUCAAAUGGGAUAUCGUGGUGGAAGCAGAUAUGUUGAAGGAAGUUCCUUGAAAAGAAGAGGAUACGGUGUUGUAUGUCUCCGAGAUAUUACUGGAGCUGGUGGUGGUCCAUCAUCUAGUCGUUCAAGAGAAAUGUCACGGGUUAAUUGUGAGCACUGGUCCCUUAAUCGAUCUAGUAAACGCAUUCGUAGAUCAAUGUCUGCAGAUAGACUUGAUGAAUUCUCAUUGGCAAUUAAUAAUCGAGAAUUGAAAGAUUCCAAAAAUUCUAACUCGUCAUCAUCUAAUUCCAAAAAUAGGCAUCGUAGUUGGAGUGUGAAUGAUAUGUGAGAAUAUUGUUUUUCAUAAUGGUACAUUAUGCUGUAAAACUUUCAGAGGAUACUAAUCGAAUUCACGUUAAUUUGAUAUUUGCUUGCUAAUUAUUAAAUUUCUGCAGAAAAUUGUCCCAUGUGCUUUUAUUGAAUAUUUAGAAUUUGGUAAAUAAUUUGUGUAUUGUAGAUUUACUACACAUUAGUAUUUGGCUUAAUUUAUAAACUUUUGAGCUUUUUUUAUUUUUACAAGUAAAGCAGCAAUAUAAAUAAAAGCAAUAUUUUAAACAUG